UCGGGCUCUCCUGUGGGCGGAGAGCCUGUCUGCUGGGCAGCUGCACCAUGAAUGCAGUGACCUAUGAUGACGUGCAUAUCAACUUCACUUGGGAAGAGUGGACUUUACUGGAUCCUUCACAGAAGAGUCUCUACAAAGAUGUGAUGCUGGAGACCUACAGAAACCUCACUACUAUAGGAUACAGUUGGGAGGACCGUAAUAUUGAUGAACAUUGUCAAAGUUCUAGAAGACAUGAAAGGCAUGAAAAAAGUCAAACUGGAGAGAAAACUUCUGUAUAUACUCAGUGUGUUAAAGACUUUGCAUGUGACAGUCAUCUUCACAGGCAUGAAAAAACACAUACUAGAUUGAAACGUUAUGAAGGAAAUGAGUGUGGUAAAGCCUUUUCACAUCACAGUCAUCUUCAAAUUUAUAAAAGAACAUACAGUGGAGAGAAACCCUAUGUAUCUAAUCAGUGUGGUAAAACCUUUGCAUGUCACAGUCAUCUACAAAGUCAUGAAAGAACCCAUACUGGAGAGAAACCCUAUGAAUGUAGUCAGUGUGGUAAAGCCUUUGCACUUCCCAGUACUCUUCAAACACAGAAAAGAUUACAUACUGGUGAGAAGCCCUAUGAAUGUAAUCAGUGUGGUAAAGCCUUUGUGCAGCACAGUCAUCUUCAAAGUUAUGAAAGAAGCCAUACUGGAGAGAUACCCUAUGAAUUUAAUCAAUAUGGUAAAGCCUUUGCAUGUCAUAGUAAUCUUCAAAAAAAUAAAAGAAUCCAUAUGGGAGAGAAACCCUAUGAAUGUAAUCAGUGUGGGAAAGCCUUUGCACAGCACAGACACCUACAAAGUCAUGAAAGAACCCAUACUGGAGAGAAGCCCUAUGAAUGUAAUCAAUGUGGUAAAGCCUUUGCAUAUCACAGUAAUCUACAAAGACAUAAAAGAACCCAUACUGGAGAGAAACCCUAUGAAUGUAAUCAGUGUGGUAAAGCCUUUGCACUUCCCAGUACUCUUCAAAUACAUAAAAGAUCACAUACUGGUGAGAAGCCCUAUGAAUGUAAUAAGUGUGGUAAAGCCUUUGCACAGCACAGUCAUCUUCAAUGUCAUGAAAGAAGACACACUGGGAAGAAACCCUAUGAAUGUAAUCAGUGUGGUAAAACCUUUGUAUGUCACAGUAGUCUCCAAACACAUAAAAGAACCCAUACUGGAGAGAAACCCUAUGAAUGUAAUCAGUGUGGUAAAGCUUUUAUAUGUCACAGUAGUCUCCAAGCACAUAAAAGAACCCAUACUGGAGAGAAAUCCUAUGUAUGUAUUCAGUGUGGUAAAGUCUUUUCAUAUCCCAGUUAUCUUCAAAGUCAUGAAAGAAGCCAUACUGGAGAGAAACCGUUUGAAUGUAAUCAAUGUGGUAAAGCGUUUUCACAGCAUGGUCAUCUUCAAAGUCAUGAAAGAAUCCAUACUGGAGAGAAACCCUAUGAAUGUAAUCAGUGUGGUAAAGCCUUUGCACAUCUCAGUCAUCUACAACGUCAUGAAAGAAUCCAUACUGGAGAGAAACCCUAUGAAUGUAAUCAAUGUGAUAAAGCCUUUGCAUGGCGCAGUAAUCUACGAAGACAUAAAAGAACUCAUACUGGAGAGAAGCCCUUUGUAUGUAAUCAGUGUGGUAAAGCCUUUGUAUGUCACAGUAGUCUCCAAACACAUGAGAGAACACAUACUGGAGAGAAACCCUAUGAAUAAAAUCAAUGUGGAAAAGCCUUUGCAUGUCACAGUAAUCUCUGAAAACAUAAAAGAACCCAUAUUGGAGAGAAACAUUACGUAUGUAAUUAGUGUGGUAAAGGCUUUGUUUAUCAUCAUCAUCUUCAAA